AUGUUCUGCGUCAAGAAAAUUGGAAAGGCUGCUGGUCGGCGCCGUUUGGCGACGCAUGCAGCACUUUCGGAGAAAGACUGCAAGUCCAUCACACCGCCAUAUGCCCUCUUGAUCCAAAACUUGGCCGAUGCAAGACAACACAUCCACCAUAAGCUCACAUUGGCAGAAAAAAUUCUCUAUUCUCACCUCUAUGAUCCAAAGAAGCGUGUUGGGGAUGAGGGGAAGCUUCGGGGGCAGGCAUAUCUCCAGCUUCGUCCAGAGCGAGUUGCGAUGCAAGACGCGUCAGCUCAAAUGGCUCUCUUGCAAUUUAUGAGCGCUGGUUUGGCCCAAUCGGUCGUCCCAGCAAGCAUUCAUUGUGACCAUCUCAUCCAAGCCGUUGAUGGGGCGAAAUCCGAUCUCGAGCGGUCCAUUGUCACGAACCAAGAGGUCUUUGACUUUCUCGAAAGCGCUGCUCGCAAAUAUGGCAUCGAGUUUUGGCGUCCUGGGUCCGGAAUUAUUCACCAGAUUGUGCUGGAAAACUACGCGGCUCCAGGGAUGCUCAUGCUGGGGACGGAUUCGCAUACACCAAAUGCCGGCGGUCUGGGAAUGCUUGCAAUAGGCGUCGGAGGGGCAGAUGCCGUCGAUGCAAUGACAGGAACUCCCUGGGAACUCAAGCACCCGGAAAUAGUUGGCAUCCAUUUGACGGGAAAGAUGGGCCCCUGGGUUUCGCCCAAAGAUCUCAUCCUUCAUAUCGCUGGGAAACUCACAGUUCGAGGAGGGACUGGGCGCAUUCUCGAGUACUUUGGUCCUGGCGUUGAUGCCCAGUCGUGUACUGGACUGGCAUGUGUUGCCAAUAUGGGAGCAGAAGUUGGUGCAACUACAUCAACUUUCCCUUAUACUGCUGCUAUGCGUGCUUAUCUCAAUGCCACCGGCAGAGCCCCUGUGGCUCGCGCGGCUGAUGAGGCCGCCGCUCAAGGAUUCCUUAGUGCGGAUGAAGGGGCUGAGUACGAUCAACUCAUCCAAAUCAACCUUUCCGAGCUUGAACCUUAUAUCAACGGACCAUUUACACCCGAUCUUGCGACACCUUUGUCUAAGUUUGGUGAAUUCGUCAAGGAGAACGGAUGGAAAGACGACCUCUCCGCUGCUUUGAUUGGAUCGUGCACCAAUAGCUCUUACCAGGAUAUGACCAGCGUGGCUGACCUUGCGUCUCAAGCAAGAUCUGCUGGACUCAAAACCAAGGUUCCCUUUCUCUGUACCCCUGGAUCUGAACAGAUCCGCGCUACAAUGGAACGGGACAACGUCACUUCCACACUAGAGGAUGUUGGCGCCUUAGUUCUUGCGAAUGCGUGUGGGCCAUGCAUCGGUCAGUGGAAGCGGACGGAUCAACCAAGCGAAGAAAACGCGAUUUUAACUAGUUUCAACCGCAACUUCAAGUCACGCAAUGACGGCAAUGCUCGCACUAUGAAUUUCCUUGCUUCACCGACAAUUGUAACUGCGAUGGCGUUCUCCGGGAGUCUACAGUUCAACCCGAUGAAAGAUACCAUCCCUCUUCCGUCAGGCGGCACAUUCAAGUUCGCUGCACCUGUUGGUCAAGACCUGCCGCCCGCUGGAUUCACUCCUGGACAAAAUGCGUUCUAUCCACAGCAAACCCCGGAGCCUCAGCCCGACACAGAAAUCAUAAUAAACAAAGACUCGCAACGCCUAGAAUUGCUCGAGCCCUUUACUAGCCCUUUCGUUAACGGGAUCCGGGAGCUCCCUGAAAUGAAGGUUCUGAUGAGAGUAAGAGGCAAAUGCACAACCGACCAUAUCUCAGCUGCUGGGCCAUGGUUGAAGUACAAAGGGCAUCUCACGAAUAUAUCCGAAAAUCUUCUUAUUACGGCUACUAACGACGAAGGGGGUGAAGUAAAUGUUGCUUUUGAUCAAGGUCCCGACGGACAGACAACGACAGACACGAUACCCGGUGUUGCCAAACGCUUCAAAGCACGGAACCAGCCUUGGGCCCUGGUUGUUGACGAGAACUACGGAGAGGGAAGCGCUCGUGAACAUGCAGCGUUGCAGCCCCGCUUCUAUGGUUGCAACAUGAUCAUCGCUCGCUCAUUCGCCCGAAUCCAUGAAACCAAUCUCAAGAAACAAGGGGUUCUGCCUCUCUGGUUCGUUGACAAGAAUGAUUACUCUCGCAUCGGUUCUGGAGAUGACGUGAAAACUGUCGGUGUUUCCCAGCUGCUCUCUGGCAAUAUCUCGGCCACAAUCAAAUUGAGGGUGACCAAGGCCAACGGGGAUGUUUUCGAAAUCCCCACCAAGCACACUAUGUCUGAAGACCAGGUCCGAUGGCUUCAAGCGGGUAGUGCGCUUAACUACAUCCGUUCACAAAUGGCAUUGUAG